UUUCUCCGGGAAGACUGCGGAAGAGCUCGCGCCGUACCGGAAAUCCUUUAUCCUCUCUUCUACAUCUUCGAAUGGCGAAACUCGAGUCGCGACCUCGCGCCCGAAAAGGAGUUGUCGAAUUUUUAUACGCCGCCGACCUUAUUCCGCUCCGUUUUUUGACCGUUUCCCCAUCGCCCUUUUAAAAUUCGUUCGUAGCCGGCGACGUUUAAAUCCCUCGUGCCGGAAACGUCAUUUGCCGGCCUUUCCGAAUGACGGCGAUAAAAACCACUCGAACUCUUAUCUAAAUUAUAAUAAAUUCACAAUUUAAUAACAUUCGAUAAGUAAUUAAAUAAAGUUUUGUAGACAACUGAUUAUAUGCGCAAAGAAUUGAGUCUUUUAAUGGUUAAAAUGGAGAAACGACCAAUUCCUGUCUUGUUUAAUAUGAUUUUAAUUUGCGGUGAUGCUCCAUUUGUGUUUGGUUUUUAAUUUGAAUUCCGAAUGGAAUGGCCGGAACGUUAUUUGGCUCCCCUUCUUGUUUUCCGGUGUACCACUGGCAGAGUCAUCACAUUAAGCAGAGCGGGGUGGACGACAUGGUGCUCUUGCCCAAACCCGGCGAGGGCGCCAUCGUGGAGAACCUGAAGAAACGCUACCUGGACGGACAGAUAUUCACGUAUAUAGGACCGGUACUAAUUUCCGUAAAUCCUUUCAAGCAAAUGCAUUAUUUCACCGACAAAGAAAUCGGACAGUAUCAAGGAGCGGCUUCUUACGAAAAUCCUCCGCAUAUAUACGCUCUGUCGGACAGCAUGUUUCGUAACAUGAUGAUCGACAACGAAAGUCAGUGUGUUAUCAUCAGCGGGGAAAGCGGAGCCGGAAAAACGGUAGCCGCAAAAUACAUCAUGUCAUAUAUUGCUCAGAUUUCGGGUGGAGGAACUAGAGUCCAGAAAAUAAAAGAAAUAAUCUUAGAAUCCAAUCCGUUACUUGAAGCUUUUGGAAAUGCAAAAACCGUGCGCAACAACAAUUCCUCUCGUUUUGGAAAAUACGUAGAAAUACAAUUCAGUAGAGGUGGUGAACCGGAGGGAGGAAAAAUUUCAAAUUUUCUUCUAGAAAAGUCUAGAGUGGUAAAUCAGAAUCCAGAUGAAAGAAAUUUUCACAUGUUUUAUCAGUUGUGUCUUGGAGCAACGGAGCAAAUGAAAUCAAACUUUGGACUGGCUUCUCCAGAUUACUUUUGGUAUUUAAAUCAAAGUGGAACAUACAGAGUGGAUGGCAUAAAUGAUGCACAUGAUUUUCAAGAAACAUUGAGAGCCAUGACUGUUAUGGGAAUGUCUGAUAAUGACCAGUUUAAUGUGUUACAAGUUGUUGCUGGAAUUUUACACAUGGGAAAUAUCUCGUUUGAAGAACAUGCUAAUUUUGCUGUUGUUAGAGACGAAGAAUUUUUAGAAUUUCCUGCAUACUUAUUUGGAGUGGAUAAAGAUUUGAUUAAAUCCAAAUUAAUAAGUAGAACGAUGGAUAGUAAAUGGGGCGGCCGUACGGAGACAAUUCAAAUGCAGUUAAACGUAGAGCAGGCAGUUUAUACUAGAGAUGCAUGGGCCAAAGGAUUAUAUUCUCGUCUAUUUGAUUACAUUGUUCAGGAAGAAUAUAUUCAAGAAGGAAUAAAAUGGACUCCAAUUGACUAUUUUAAUAAUAAAAUAGUCUGCGAUUUGAUAGAAAAUAAAUCUCCCCCCGGCAUAAUGAGCGUUCUAGACGACAUAUGUGCCACGAUGCAUGCCGUUAACGAAGGAACGGACGAACAGUUGCAACAGUUUGCUAAAUAGGUGUCAUAUGACGUGGAAGGUUUUAGCGAAAGAAAUAGAGAUUUAUUAUUUACUGACAUUAUUCAAGUCAUGCAAACUAGUCAAAAUCCGUUUGUCGUAAAGUUGUUUCCCGAAGUCAUUAGCGGUACGGUUAGAAACAGACCCACCACUGCCGGAAGUAAAAUAAAGACUCAGGCAAAUAAGUUAGUAGAAGCAUUAAUGCAAUGCACUCCACAUUAUAUUAGAUGCAUUAAACCUAAUGAAACCAAAAAGCCACUCGACUGGGACGAAGAAAGGGUCAGGCAUCAGGUAGAGUAUCUUGGCCUGAAGGAAAACGUCAGAGUUCGGAGAGCAGGUUUUGCCUACAGGCGUCGGUUCGAAAAAUUUUUGAACAGAUAUGCAAUAUUAACUAAAGAAACUUGGCCACAGUGGAGAGGCAAUAUCCAACAUGGUGUUGUUCAUAUACUUCAAAGUGUCAGAAUGGAAAGUGAUCAGUAUCAAUUAGGAAAGACUAAGAUAUUUAUUAAAGCACCUGAAUCGCUGUUUCUGUUAGAAGAAAUGAGAGAGAGAAAAUUUGACAAUUAUGCUCGCAUUAUCCAAAAAGCCUUCAGAUUUUAUUUUGCCAAGAAGCAACAUGUGAAAAUGAAAGAACAAGCAUGCAGUUUAGUUUAUGGGAAGAAGGAAAGAAGAAGAUACAGUCUGAAUAGAAAUUUUAUUGGCGAUUACAUAGGAUUAGAUCAACAUCCAGGAAUACGCAGUCUGUUGGGAAGAAGAGAGCACGUCGAAUUUGCCGAAACGGUCAAAAAAUAUGACAGACGAUUUAAAAUAAGCAAGAGAGAUUUGAUCAUAACUGCAAAACAUAUUUAUCUAAUAGGAAGAGAAAAGGUGAAAAAGGGAGCCGACAAGGGACAAGUGAAGGAAGUGAUUAAGAGGAAAAUUCAUUUGGAAAAUGUAAUUCAUAUUGCAAUGAGUAAACACCAAGAUGACUUUGUGGUGAUACAUGUGAAAAACGAAUACGACAGUCUGAUCGAAUGCGUCUUUAAGACGGAAUUUGUCACAGUUCUUAAUAAAAAAUACCAGGAAUGCUGUCACAGACCUCUCACUCUUCAUUUCAGUGAUAAGUUGGAAUUCAGAGUUAAAAAAGAAGGUUUCGGAGGAGGUGCCGUGAAACACGUGACCGUGGUUACCAGUGGCGGUGAUAAACACACUACGAAAAUAUCGGGCAAAACUUUGAUUGUUUCCAUCGGAGCAGGACUCCCAGUGGAUUCUAGACCCGGAACCAAACAGUUUUCUCGAACAAAUACAACGAAGCACAAGGUCGACGGCACGGAUCCUCGGAACAAGAAUGUCGUUUCGACUGCCAGGCGAGCUCCCCAACCUCCCCGGUCACAGCCUCCUCGUGUUCCAGUAAUGCAGACCGUGGAUUUAACGGAGAGAAUUUCCACACAACUGAAGGAAGUUCAGAGGACGCAGAACACACAGAAUGUAAAUUCGAGAGUUGAAAUGGGAUCUGGGUGCCAGAGUGCAAAUGAGAUGCGGCGCAGACCUCCUCCGGCGGGCGGAAGGCCCAAACCUCCGACCAGACCCAAGCCCAAACCCAAGCCAGAAUUUCCAAAGUGUGAGGCUCUCUAUUCCUACGACGCCCAGGAUGUCGACGAACUGACAUUCGACGUUGGAGAUUUAAUUGAAGUGAUAAAAGAAGAUCCGUCCGGCUGGUGGCUGGGAAGACUGAGAGGAAAGAGGGGACUGUUUCCAGCCAUUUACGUCAAGUGCCUGUGAUCGGACCGGAGCGCCGUUUCCCGUCCCACUCCUUCACUGCUGGAUCGGUGAUUUUAAAGUCGUUUUAUUGUCUGUGAUGUUAUUUAUGCACGAGUUCGUUAACGAAAUGUAUAAAAUUUUAUUGUUUUAUAAAAAAAAAAGAAUGUUAAUCUUUGCUCAGGAAUAUUCUUUUUAACUGUUCUUUUGCGGAAUCUUGAUGGUCACCUGAAAAAAUUUAUGAUAAAUGAGAUUUUGAAUGAGUGAACGUAUAUCUGUAACAUAUUUACUUAAUUAAAAUAUUAAAUUUUUAAAAA